AAAAAUAUAACCUCAAAAAGUAGUAAAAUAUUUUGGUUUUUACGUUCCAAACAAAUUAUUUAAUUAUUCUAAAGAAUUAUUUUAUAAAUAUGCAUAAAUGUUAAAAUCCAAAGCUUUAUUACAAUCUGCCAAGAUAACUUUGGUAAAACCAAAAGAAUUAACAGUUCUUACACACUCCAAAAGAACAUGUACUACCCAAACAAGUGCUACAGAAGAGGAAAAAGAAAAGGAACUCGAGAGGAUAGCCAAAGAUGCCUCCAUAGAUGACCCUCCUACGGCUUGCUGUCGCUCUGGCUGCGCCAACUGUGUGUUCAUAGUGUGGGCUGAAGCACUAGCCAACAAGAUGCAGAAUGCAGGGCCGGAAAUACAAGAAAAGGUACUUAAAAUGGUGGAUGAUCCCUCAAUGAAAGCUUACUUGGAAAUGGAACUAAGGAUUCGGUUUAAAAAAAAGUAGAUAGAUGUAGGUAUGUUCAACAGCAUAAGAGACUAGAUUUUUUUGCUUGAAAAUAGCAUCUAUCUCAACUAAUUAGUGUAACAAAUAAAUGCAAAUGUGAUAAUAAAUAAAAAAAUAACAGUGAUUAUGUCUUAAUAUGCUGUUGUCCAUACACUUUAAUAUGUAGUCCUGUAGAUUAUUGUAACUAGUUUUACAGUAGAUAGAUCUGUACAUAAGUUUGUGCUAUUAAAUUUGAUUGUUAAUAAGUAUAUUAAAAUUUUGUAAGUCAUUAAGAUGUUAUUCAUCUAUUUAACUAGUCAUUAGAUAUUAUUGUUGUUCCUUAUAGUUAUGUAUUUGGAAUGUAAUAGAUAGGUACCUGAUGAUAAAAUA